AAUAAGAAAGCGAAUCGCAACGUGGAAUCUACAAGGUUAAAAUGGUCAAAUUAGAUAAACUAUCUAUCCAUGGCUUUUUGAUAAGGAAAAACAACAGGCCAUUCCUUUCUCUCCAUGCAAUCUGCAUCUACGCUUCUCUUCUACUGUCUCGAGCUUUGAGUGUAUAAGUUAGCCAAAGGCCAAAGCUUAAACAAAUAGAUAGAAAAAUGGCGUGUCAUCAUCUAUGCUCCUCAACUUCUUCUCUUGCCUGUGACCUUCACUCUCUCUCUGCUUCACCCAAACCAAGACCUAUAAGAAGUUCCGCUCCUUCUCUAAAGCUGCUUUCCUUCUCCUCACUAUCUAAAACCUCUAUCCAAGUAACUCAUGUCUCCUUGAAAGACCCCUUGACCAAAGAAACCGAAAAGCCUCCAAAACUCUCCUUUUCGCAGUACCCAGAUGGCAAAACCAAUACCCAUGCGUGGGUCAAUCCCAGAAGCCCCAGAGCUUCAUGCCUCAGGCAAUUGUCUUAUGAUUCCAGGUACUCUUCUCUGCUCCAAGUAGCUGAGUCUUUGGAUUCUUGCAAUCCAAAUGAACAAGAUGUUUUAACUGUUUUGACUAGUUUACGUUACGAUGUUUCGGAACGAGAUGCUGUUGUUGUUCUCAAUAACAUGUCAAACCCUCAUACCGCAUUGCUUGCUCUUAAUCAUAUUCAAAGGACACUAAGGAAACCAAGUCGAGAGGUCAUUCUUUAUAAUGUCACCAUCAAGGUUUUUAGAAAGUCUAAGGAUAUGAAUGGAGCUGAGAAACUGUUUGAUGAAAUGCUUCAAAGAGGGGUUAAGCCCGACAACGUUACCUUUUCAACGUUGAUUAGUUGUGCUAGGGUCUGUGCUUUGCCCGGUAAGGCUGUUGAGUGGUUUGAGAAAAUGCCUACAUAUGGGUGUGAUCCGCAUGACGUCACUUACUCUGCCAUGAUGGAUGCCUAUGGCCGGGCUGCAAAUGUUGAUAUGGCCUUCACCCUGUAUGACCGUGCUCGAACAGAAAAAUGGCGUAUUGAUCCUGUUACCUUUUCAACUUUGAUUAAAAUAUAUUGGAUAUCUGGAAAUUAUGAUGGCUGUUUAAAUGUUUACGGGGAAAUGAAGGCCUUAGGUGCUAAACCUAAUGUAAUUAUAUAUAAUACUUUGUUGGAUGCCAUGGGGAGAGCCAAGAGGCCUUGGCAGGCCAAGACUAUUUACAAAGAGAUGAUAACCAAUGGAUUUUCACCAAAUCGGGCAACCUAUGCGUCACUCUUACGAGCUUAUGCGAGAGCUCCAUAUGGUGAGGAUGCUCUUAAUGUAUGUAAAGCCCAAAACUGUGGGAGGCAGUAGGAAAUAUUACUAACACUUAAGGCAAUUACCAAAAAGUCAAGAAAGCCCAGCAUGUAUUCCCAACUGGAGAAUAAAAGCGGCUUAUCUAAGCCCACUCGUAAAUUAAUUUUGUCCGACCUAGCUCAUUACAUCUCU